AUGGACGUCACCUCAAGUCCGCGGCAGCACGCCGUGCCCACCACCGAGACCUCUCACCCCAACGACCCCAUUCCUCAUGAGCCUGCUUCCAUCACCAAGUUCAAUGCCCCCCGGAAUGUCCCCUCGAACAGCUCCUUCCGCUCCUCGCACGAUAGCCUUUCCUGGUCCGACUCGAGUGACUCAGAGGCGCCCUCGACGCCGAACACAGAGCCCAUGAACGACCAGCAGGCUGAGGAGCUUGUGGACAAGCUGGAGAACCUGCCGGCGCCCUCCGUCGAGAUCACUCCCAAGCCGGACAAGGCGCGCCGGGCCUCGACGACCCUUAUCUCCGAGGAUGCUGAAGGCAUGCGCAAGCUCCUCGGCGAUGGCGAGACCGGCACCAAGCUCAUUGAGAAGUACUGCUGUGGUGGUGGUUGCUGCUUCGUGAAGACGCUGCCGCCGGACACGGCCGGCCCCAACUUCACCCCCGUCGUCCUUCCCGACAACGAGGCGUUCCGCAGCCUGAACCUUAAGCUGGGUCCGCUCAGCCUCGACACCAAACUCGAACAGACUCCCGAAUUGCCCCAGGAGACCGUGUCCUUCGACGUAGCCCCUGCCACGGAGCACAAGCAUGUAGCCGAGGUCCUCAAGAAGCCGCCUCCUUUUGUCCAGCCCCACCCGCCGUACAAUGUCUUCUCUGCUCCCGUCCACCACGCACGCGAGCUCACCAAGCCUGGAGCCCAGAAGCGUACCUUCCACUUCGACAUCGAUGUGACUGACUACCCCGACGAGGGCGGCGUUGACUUCAAGGUUGGAGGUGCCAUUGGUAUCUGCCCUCCCAACCCUCCGGAGAUGGUCGAUGACGUCUUCGAUCAAUUGGGUGUGCCCAAGUUCGUGCGGGAUAAGCCGACCCUGCUCAAGACUAAGCUGAUGAGAUGGCCCACCAUCUGGGGAGAUGAGAUGGAGAGGGAGCUUGUGACUACGCGUCGUGAGCUUCUUACCUGGUGUGCGGACCUGCAGAGCACCCCUCCCACGAAGCAACUGUUGCGCCUGAUGGCCGAGUAUGCCGAGGCCCCCAACGAGAAGCAGAUUCUUCUUUACCUCACAUCAGCACAGGGUCAAGCUGCCUUCUGCGACCUCCGCACUGGAUCCCACAUCACCGUCCCGCAGCUCCUCCAUGCUUUCCCAUCCUCCAGGCCGCCGCUCCAUGCCCUGCUCUCGGUGCUUCCCCAGCUCAUGCCCCGUUUCUACUCUCUUUCCAAUGACCCUCACAUUUCGUCUGCCCGCCCUGGUAUUCCCGGCGGUCGCCGCCUGAUCGAAAUGGCCGUGACGAUCCACGAGGACCCCGACUGGCGUGAGGGCAAGACGCGCACCGGCCUCGGUUCCGGCUUCCUGGAGCGCAUCGCGCAGCAGUUCAUCGAAGCCGAGCAGUCGGGCAUCCGCGACCCGGCCCACGUGCUCGACCUGACGGUCCCCAUGUUCCGCGGCCUGAUGGCCAACCCGCUGUCGCGCCAGUUCGGCGGCGACGGACCCAUGAUGCUCGUCGGUGCGGGCGUCGGCAUGGCCCCUUUCCGUGGCUUCAUCCUCAACCGCCUCAAGAACGCCAACUGCGCCAACAAGAUCUGGCUGGUGCAGGGUGUGCGCGACGCGAUGCUGGACGAGAUCUACCAGGGCGAGCUGGGCGCGCACGAGCGCGAGAUCAAGAAGGUGGUCCAGAGUCGCAAGGUCGGGUCGGCGCGGUACGUGCAGGAUGAGGUGCGCAUGCAGGCCGACGUCGUCUGGUUCGUCAUCAACGCCCUCGACGGCCGCAUCUUCGUGUGCGGCAGCAGCAAGGGUAUGGGCGAGGGUGUCCACAGGGCUCUCGUCGACGUCGCCAUGGAGAAGGGUAACCUCAACCACGACGAGGCCGAGGAGUUUUGGGAGAAGAAGAAGGAGGGGGGCCAGUAUGUUGCUGAAACCUGGUAA